CCUCCCGAUCCCCCCCAAACUGAGGAUUUCUGGUCCAUUCCUGAGGAGCCCCCCAUAAGAACCCUGUGACCCGUCUGUUUCCCUGGCACACAGCCCUGUGGAAUGCCCUCUGGCAUGUUCAGCAUUGACAACAUAUUGGCAGCCAGGCCUCGGUGUAAGGAGUCGGUCCUGAUCCCACAGAAUGGACCUGUGCUCUUCUCCGGUCUGGGGGAGUCGCUUUAUGGGGGCGCAGACUACGGAUUCUAUAACAGGGCAGUGGCCCCUACAUCUGCCCUACAGGCCGUCAAUGGAUCUAGGCUGGGGUUCAACAACUACUAUUAUGGACAGUUACAUGUACAGGCUCCUGUGGGCCCCUCCUGCUGUGGAACCAUGCAACCUCUGGGGGCCCAACAAUGCUCGUGUGUAUCUACAGCCACAGGUUAUGAAGGGGCAGGCUCGGUGUUGAUGCCCCCAGUGCCCCCACAGAUGUUGCCCUAUAUGAAUGUGGGCACAUUGUCCCGGACAGAACUCCAGCUCCUUAACCAGCUGCACUGCAGGAGGAAGAGGAGGCACAGGACCAUCUUCACGGAUGAGCAGCUGGAGGCGCUGGAGAACCUAUUCCAGGAGACCAAGUACCCAGAUGUGGGCACCAGGGAGCAACUGGCCAGGAGGGUUCACCUCCGGGAGGAGAAGGUGGAGGUUUGGUUCAAGAACCGCAGAGCAAAGUGGAGGAGGCAGAAGAGAUCUUCCUCAGAGGAGUCAGAGAAUGGACAGAAAUGGAAUAAAGGUCCCAAAUCCUCCACAGAGAAAACAGAGGAGCAGAGCAAAAGUGACCUGGACUCGGACUGCUGACCAGGGCUGAGGGGCUGAUGGACCUGGUGGACAGGGGGACUUUGCACACAGGACGCUGCUGAGCUGCACACAUGCUGGGACCUGUACAUACCUGUAUAUACCAUUACCUGUAUAUAAUUUCCGUGUGUUGCAGACAAUGUUGCACAGAUAUACACUGUACCAGAAUGUGCUAUUUAUAUCGUAAGUUAAAGGAAUUUCUCGACAAUAAACAGA